UAGGAAAAGCCUACUUUAUACUUUACACGAAAUGGUAUAAAAAUAAAUAAAAAGAUGCUCCAUUAAAUGAUCAUCGAAGAGAAGAAGAUGAAGCAAUGAUCGGAAUCGAACGUAUGGAACAGAGAUACAAAAGAGAGAGAUAUCAAAGAGCGAAAGUGAAAGAAGGAGAAGCAUGGCACACUACUCUUCAUGAUCGACGAACACCUCUCUUUACCCCCAUUUUGUAUAGCCGGUUAAAACGCUUCUCUUUCAGUUGUCGCUCGCCAACGUAGCGUUUCGUACGCUUCUCUGCUGCUCGUGUUUCUUUCGUACACGAGUAAGCACGUGUUCCUCCACGAAUUCUUAUUCGUUUUUCUUUACUUUUUACGAUUGUCUCAUUAGUCUGGCUCCAUUCGAAUCGAGUCAUUACGUUUUCUGCUCAUUUCCUCGUACGCUUUUGGUUCCAAUUUUUUUCCAUUCGAAAAUCGUCGGACUGCUGAAAAGUGAAAGCGACGGAGAAGAAAUUUUUGAUUCGAUACGUAUACAAACGUGCUUCCGCUAAAUCUGAUUCAGCCCUGCGGGAAUCUUAACACGUUUGAAACUCAGAUUUAUUCGUGGGAAAAGAAGAAGAAAAAAUAAAGAAUGAUUCAGGGAUACUCAACGCGUCGAUCAUGUUGAUUCAUUGUAGAAGACGGAAACGAAUUCCGGAUGUUUCAGUGAAAUUCAAACAAAUUUAAAACAUAGCGAGAGAUACUAUACUUCUCAAUACAAUUAAUCGAACUGCGAAAUUAGAGUUUCUCGAAUCAUUUCAUCCAGUGAUACUAUGAACGAUAAUCUAGAAGAUGCUAAUUUUUUUAUUUAAUCAUGAUGUGUAUAGUGAUAAGAGGUGAUUUUCUGCACGAUCAAAAUCACAGUCGACCAAGUUGAAGAAUAGAACCUAAAGAGAAUUUUUAUUUACAACCGAGGAACGGGUUUGCGUUAAUAUUCUGAAAGAACCAGCUUUAUUCUACGAAUAAAAAGUAAACUAAAAAAAAAAAAAAAAAAAAAAGCGGUAGAAAUGUCGCUGGUCAACUUCACCUUGCCGUAUCAGUCGGCAACGCCUACGCCAUUCUUCUACGGUGGACAAAACGGAGGACAACCGACAGUGAACAACCUUCGUCUGAACGCCGUACUUCCGGUUGCGCCUGCUCCGAAUUUUAAUGGACAGGAGUCCUUUCAAAACGAGCCGUACAUACCGCCCGCUGCUUAUCAACAGAAGCAACAGCAGCAACAACAACAACAACAACAACAACAACAACAACAGCAUAGACAACGUCAGCCGAUUUUAAAUCGACAAGGAAGUUCAAAUGCGUUCGUUGAACAAUCGUCAUUUUCCUCGACGCAGGACACGCGAUACGCGAAUUAUAAUCAAGAUUUUAGAAGAACUCAACCUAGACAACCGCAACAGCAACAGCAACAACAGCAACAACAAAUGAGACCUCCACCGCCGCAAGUUCAAGCAGAGGAUGACCAAGAUAAUUCGAGGACAUCCAGAAUGCCAGAACAAGAGGCUUAUCCCGAGAGACCAAAUGGGUACACGAGAGUGAACGGUGGGAAUGGCCCAGGUACGAAAACCUCGGUCCACGCUAUUUUAGAUUACGACGAUGAUUUCGAUGAUUAUUACGACGACGAAGAACCAGACAUACCGAGGGACGCCCAUGUCACACCCAUUCAAGGACCAAUUUUCGUGAAAAAUGGUUCGGUUCCAGUAGUGCCAUUAUACUCUUAUCCUCAGUUGAACAAUGGAAGCUUCGUACAGAUACCGAUUCUUUGGACUGCACUUUCCGUUGCUCUGGGCGUGGAAUUAAGGGGUGAUUUGGUACGUGGUGUGCCGUGUAUUAAAAAAUAUCAUCAGCUGUUCUGUCCAACUGCUGGAAAUACAUACCCAAUAGAACGGAUAGAACGUUUUAUCGACGAGAAUAAAGCGUUAAUGAAAAGAAUGUACGGUGAUUUUGAGAUGAAUUCUGGAUACGGUGCGACGACGAAAGAACCCGGUCAUCGAACGCUGAAAAGAAGAAAAAGCAGAGAAGCCACAAAACAGGACAUCCCAGACGGUGGUCCCAGUUUCCGGGAGGAUUUGGAUAGAGAAAUCCAGGCUAAUGGCGACUCGUUCUUUGGCAACGUCCGAAGAACCAGGAAUCCUAGACAGUCAUCUGAAAAAAAUCGAAACGAAAGUGGAAGGAUUGAUGCAUGUGAAUCUAAAGUAGAAAUUGUGACGCCGUAUUGGGCCAGCAACAGUGCCGGAAAAGUUCGUGCCAUUGUGAAUACCCAGCACUUCGAACAGGCUAUUCAUCAAGAAGUUUGCUCGAAAACUAAGACAAACCGUUGCACCGGAGACUGUGGCUGCGAGCAAAAAUACAAGUGGCACAGACUGCUUGCAUAUGAUCCUGAUAAUGACUGCAAAGGUAUCUUUAUGGACUGGUUUCUGUUUCCUUCGUGUUGUGUUUGCAGAUGCGAUCCACCUGGUCACAAAUUCACUGCGUCAAACAAUCGAAAUUAAAAUAUCAUUAAGCAGUCAUUACUUUUCUUUUUUUUUUUUUAUUCAUUUGAAAUGUUAGAAUUGCAUUACCAUUAUUGACAUUACUGUUUUUGUAAAAUAAAGAUUAUCAAUUGUGUAUACCAUUGUUAAUUGAGAUAAUAG